AUCCAAAGUUUUGAAAUGGUCAAUUUUUUUCUUCUGAAAAUUCAGAUCAUCAUCAGGAUGUAGAUAAAAAGUUUCCGACUUCCAGACGAUUAGGCCUUGGUGUCACCACCACCACCACCAUCAUCGUCUGCGAUCUUCAGUCUUCACCUUCUUUGCAACACACAGAACAGAAUCAUGUCAAAGGCAGAGAGCAGUUUCAAGGAGCCCAGAUGGUCUCUUCAGGGAAUGACCGCUCUUGUCACUGAUGGCACUCGGGGAAUUGGGAAUGCAACGGUGGAGGAGCUUGCUGGGCUUGGAGCUAGAGUGCAUACAUGUUCAAGAAAUGAAGCAGAGCUUAAUAAGUGUUUGAAAGAAUGGGAAGCCAAGGGUUUUGUGGUCACUGGGUCAGUUUGUGAUGCGACAUCUCGAGCCCAGAGAGAGAAGCUAAUUGAGCAAGUGGGUUCUGUUUUUAAUGGCCGUCUCAACAUUCUUGAAAGAUUAGCAUCAGUUCACUUGCUUGAAUCAUUAUUCUGCACUUUAAGCUAGCCAGGAAGCUCUUCUCAACAGCUUGAAGAUGAAGGGGGAAUUUUGCUAGACUGUCAUGAUCAAUUAGAUUGGCGACGGGUAUGUUGGCAGUGUUUUGCAGCUGAAGGGCCAUGGUCGGUCUGAAGGUCUUGGUUGAAGGUCUUGGUUAGACAUGGCUGCUCCGGGUAUGUUCCUGCUGAGUUUGGUGAGGGUUUGAGAAGUAUGGGAUUGGUUAAUGGGUGUGGUAGGGCUAGAGAAAGAAAAUUGUUGCCCCUCCGAGGGCAGAACUCAAGUAUUGAGGGUGCUUGUAGUGUGAUUAUCAUUGGGGUUAGCCAUUGUGGAUCUCAGUUGUUUCCUGGUGACAUAAAGAUCUCCUUCGGUUCCCACACACGGCGCCCAUUGAUGUUCUGAGAAUAAGGUUUACAAUAGCUGAGUUAGUUCUCUCCUUGAGGACCCAACCUUCUCCACUUUUAUUCUUUUUCUUUUGCUUGCCAGUGACGUCUAAUGGCCUUCCUGCUGCAGGUACGUCUCUCAUUGUCGUCCAGCUCCGUACGUACGACGGUGUCAGUUUCCCUCACUCAUGUCAGGCGGCCAUUUAAUUCCCCCGAACGCGUGCAAGAAGGGCUGCGAAAAGACCGAGCCUGCUACCCAUCUUUGGGUCCCAUCGCGGGGCUGGCUUCAACACGGCAGAUUUUGGGCCUGUAGGCAGCCCAGGUCGGUGGACAUCUUCAGGUCCAGUCUAGUGUUGUAGGCAGGCUUUUCUUGAAACGCUCCGAAUUCUAAGCCGUCCCUGGCUAUCAUGGGUUUUGGCCCAGCUCGGGAGGGAGUAGACCCGGUGGUUAUCAAGAUGGAUUGAAUACAAAGAGAUUUAAGAAUUCAGUUUUAAAAAUAUAAGAGUUAGAACCAUUAAUUAUGCUAAAAUUUAAGAAUUAAAUUAUAAUUUAUUUAAUAUAAAA